AUGGCAAGCUUCCCAUGGCAACACUUGAUUAAUCAAGUGCUGGCCACCCAAGGGAACAACAAUAACAACAACAACAACAACAUAGGUGUAAGGGUGGAAGAGGAUUUGGCCAAGCCAUAUAAAUCAAGCAAUUUGUCAUGCUUCUCCCAACAAAUCGCUGAUUAUGAUUUUCAAACAAAGAUUAAAAUGCCGUCCGACAUCAAAACAUAUAAUGGGACUGAAGACCAAGAGGAUCAUCUCCAGAUCUUCACUGGUGCUGCCAGAAUUGAGAAAUGGUCUAAUGCUGAAUGCUGUCUCAUGUUCACGCAAACCCUUGUCGGGUCAGCCAGAAUCUGGUUCAAUGAUUUACCUGCCAGAAGUGUUCGAAACUUCGAUGACCUUAGCAAAGGGUUCCUGGCCAACUUCUCCCAGCAAAGGCGGUACGUUAAAGAUGCCACAGUGAUUUUCCAGAUAAAACACAAGGAUGAUGAAAGCCUUCGAGAGUUCAUAGAAAGACGCCAAAGGGGUUCAGAGCAACGAAUUUCUGAAGGCCGGAACCCUUCAAGCAGGGAGAAGGCCAUGAACUUCACACUCCUUACCAAGACCCCUCAAGAGAUUCUUGCUACAGAGGAAGUGAAACAAAGCUUCCGACCUCCCAGACCUCUCCCUAAGAACAAAAGGAAUGAAAAUUCCACCCAAUUUUGUGAAUUUCGUGAAGAGAAGAGCCACCAUACUAAUGAUUGCUUUCAACUUAAAAAGAGGAUUGAAGAGGCCGUCAAGUCCGGGGAGCUUGCCCACUUAGUGAAGGGGGUAAGAGACAAGAUGGCCGAAGGAAAGAGCAAAGAAGUUAACAUGGUGGAUUUUGAUGGAAAGGUUCCCCACAAACGGCAGCGGUUGGAAGCUUGGGAGCUUCAGUGUGUCUGCUUCCCUCCAACAGAAAAGGACCCACUCUCAAACCCCCUUGUGGUUGAAGCAAUUGUGGGUACAUUAAAGACAAGCAGAGCAUACAUUGAAACUGGUACAGCCACUGAAAUUAUGUUUGAGAAGUUCUUCAACCGUUUGAGCAAUGAGGAACGUUCGAAGCUUCAACCCUCCGGAACCUACAUAAAAGGUAUUGUUGACAUACCCCUCAAGCCUUUAGGACAACUAACCCUUGAUGUCCGUUUCAGUGAAGGCAAGAUGGAGAGAGUCCAACCUCUCACUUUUGUGGUUAUCAAUAUACCUUCCAACUAUGAUGUCAUCAUAGGAAGGCCGGGGCAGUGUGCAUUCUAUAUGGCUGUUUCUGUUGGUCAUGGCACAGUCAAGUUUCCUACCGAGAGAGGGAUUGCAACCCUUCAACCUACUCAAUAG